AUGCUUUCAUCCUCCAAUCACCCUAGCGUGGCAGAAAACAGAUACACCGACGUCUGGGAGGACACCGAAUCGGACUCGUGCGGCAGCCCGUUGCCUGGCGUGAUGAGCUUCUCUCGUCGGCCAACAACAGAAUUCGGACGUCCUAAAGGAGGCAUAUCAGCUAUCUCCAAACUUGUUGCAGCACAGAGGAAACAGGUCGCUCAGAAUGCAAAACCUUCUCUCGUAACCGCGCUACUCAAGCCAUCUCCAAUCGUCGAACCGCUAGUCUCACCCACGACCACCAAUGACCCCAUAAUCUUCCCGACCAACAGACCUGGUGGAACAAGGGUUAGCUGGGGCCUCGAGUCUCUUCGAAACUUUCAAGUCUUGGGAACAUCGACCGUUCCCAAUGUGCCCGUCUCUUCCGCACCCCAAGUUGCCGGAGCUUCUCCUGCCGACUCGACAGAGCCCUGCGAGGAGGAUGUCCUUUCACCUUCGACUCCUCCCGCAUCACUCGUCGUAGAAUGUUUUGAUCCCGAAGAAUAUCAGUAUGGCCAAAAAUACCGACCGAGCAUCCCCGAUCACCAACACCAAUGGCAUCCCAUCCGCGAGGUCCAGCCGGUGUACUACGCCUUUCCCGCCUACUGCCCACAAGAGCAGCAGCUGCAGGAAUUACUAAUCUCGGCAUCCCCUCUAUUCAACAACUCGCCAAUAACACCACGUGAGGAAUGCUUCCACACCCGCAGUGACAACGCCAUCGCCGGAAUUUCCCCCGAAGCCGAUACCGGAGUUAGCACCGAAGCCGUAACCAUACCCGGAACCGCACCAGACACUCUUCCCCCGCCUCUCCUCCGUUCGCCACCCUUGCAGGCCUCACCCAUCAUGUCAUGGAUCGCUGACCCCAACGCUGACCCCGACGCUUAUUACCCCGAUCCAGCCACCUACCUCGACCCCGACCAAAUCAUCACCCCAUCACCACCUGCAGCAACCUCACCGAAAACUGCAAGCUCCGCCUCCCUCUCUUACUGCACCCGUUGCGUCAUACCCCUCACCUUCGCCAUCUCGACUUCCUGUCUUGACCAAGACGAAGGUUGGGAAUGCUGUAACUGCGCUGGUAAGAAUUUGAAGUAG